UAUAUAUAUUUAUAUAUAUCCCUCCCACUCGAUCCUUCUCCUUCUCCGGCGGCGGCGGCGGAGGAGGAGACGGAGGAGGAGGAGGAGGAGGAGCCAUGGUGAUGUCGGUGGCGUCGCCGCGGCGGUCGAUAAGGGAGGCGGUGGUGCAGAGCGUGCUGGCGUACCACCAGCAGCAGAACCAGAAGUAUCGGCGGAGCAUAUCGUACGGGGGCGAGGCCGGGGCCGGGGUCGGAGGGGUCGGGGACGACGACGAGCCCGGGUUCUGGGAGGAGGAGGAGGGCACGGUCGAGCUCGCCCAGAUCGGGGCCGAGCGCACCAAGAACGUCCUCAUCCUCAUGAGCGACACCGGCGGCGGCCACCGCGCCUCCGCCGAGGCCAUCCGCGACGCCUUCCGCCUCGAAUUCGGCGACGAGUAUAAGGUGUUUGUGAAGGAUCUGUGCAAGGAUCACGCCGGGUGGCCGCUGAACGACAUGGAGAGGUCGUACAAGUUCAUGGUGAAGCAUGUCCAGCUGUGGAAGGUGGCCUUUCACAGCACCUCUCCCCGCUGGGUCCACUGUUUCUACCUCGCCGCCCUCGCCGCCUUCUAUGCUAAGAAGGUUGAGGCCGGGCUGAAGAAGUACAAGCCGGAUAUCAUAAUCAGCGUCCAUCCCCUCAUGCAGCACAUUCCUCUGUGGGUGCUCAAAUGGCAGGGCCUUCAGAAUCGGGUUGUUUUCGUCACUGUCAUUACGGAUCUCAAUACAUGCCAUCCCACAUGGUUCCACACUGGUGUCAAUCGAUGCUACUGCCCGUCGGAGGAAGUUUCGAAGAGGGCAUUGCUCGAAGGGCUAGAACCUUCACAGGUCCGCAUUUUCGGUUUGCCGAUUCGACCGUCAUUUUGUCGUGCGGUUCUUGUCAAGGAUGCUUUGAGAAGAGAACUACAACUGGACCCUGAAUUGCCUGCAGUUCUAUUAAUGGGUGGUGGUGAAGGAAUGGGCCCGGUUAAGAAGACCGCGAAGGCCCUUGGAGAAUCAUUAUUCGACAAGGAGAGUGGCAAGCCAAUUGGGCAGCUUAUUGUCAUCUGUGGACGUAAUAAAACCUUGAGCUCCACACUAGAAGCUAGUCAGUGGAAAAUUCCUGUGAAGAUAAGAGGAUUUGAGACCCAGAUGGAGAAAUGGAUGGGGGCUUGCGAUUGCAUUAUAACAAAGGCGGGACCAGGUACCAUUGCUGAAGCCUUGAUAAGGGGACUGCCAAUCAUCCUCAAUGACUUCAUCCCUGGACAGGAAGUUGGCAAUGUCCCAUACGUGGUCGACAACGGGGCUGGAGUAUUUUCCAAGAGCUCAAAGGAAACAGCCCGACUAGUUGCCCGCUGGUUUGGACCUGACUCGGAAGAGUUAAGGAAGAUGUCGGAGAACGCACUGAAAUUGGCUCAGCCAGAUGCAGUGUUCGAUAUUGUGAAGGACAUUCAUGAGCUAACGCAGCAGCAAGGGCCGAUGUCCCACAUCUCCUACACCAUCACUUCAUCUUUUUAUCAACCAAUGUAGUAAUGGAUUAUUCACGCCAAGUAAUUUAUGACAUUUGGUGGGGUUUCAAAUUUGUGUAUAGCUAGGUUGAUUGGCAUUCUUUUAGCCUCAAGAGGGGAUUCAUUUGUUCAAUGAAAUUCCCGUUAAAAAAAAAUAAAUAAAUUCAGGCAGGUGAGUUUACUGGGGAUCUGCUUCUGUGACUCGUGCCGAUUGGGGUGGCUGAGGGCCUGCAACUGGAGUUUACUGGGGAUCUGCUUCUGUGACUCGUGCCGAUUGGGGUGGCUGAGGGCCUGCAACUGUAGUCCAGUUCUCAGAAUAGAGCAGGAAAAAAGAGGAGAAUGUCGGAAGUCAGUAUUCUUAGUAACCUUCCCCUGUUCCAACUAACCUGUGUUGCAGUUCCAUGUGGUGUUAAUUCUUUUCUUUUCCUACGUCUGAACUGUAAUAUUUACCUAAAAAAAAAUUCUCUUUUGAGUGUAAUCUGUUGAAUUGAUUCUGAAAUUUCACUGCUUGAUUUUGCUUGACCUGUUGAA